AUGAAGAAAUUGUUUGGAAAACGUGAAUCUCCUUCUGAAAAACUAAAAAGAAAUCAAAAAUGCUUAAAUAAAGUAAUGCGUGAAAUUGAUAGAGAAAAAAAACUUUUUGAGUUAAAGGAAAAAGAAAUUACAAUAGAGAUUAAAAAAAUGGCAAAAAUAAAUCAAAUGGAUUCUGUUUAUAUUAUGGCUAAACAACUUGUUAAAACACGUAACUAUCGUAAAAAACUUUCAAUUAUGAAGGCUAACAUUCAAGAGGUUUCUCUUAAAAUUACAACAUUGAAAAGUCAAGAUUCAAUAGAUACAACAAUGAAAAGUAUAGUUAUUUCUAUGAAAAAAAUGAGUAAUUGUAUGAAUCUUCCACGAAUCAAAGAAAUAAUGAUGGAUUUUGAAAAAGAAUCAAAAGUUGUAGAUAUAAAAAAUGAUAUUAUUGAUGAUGCAUUUGAUGAUAUAAUAGAUGAUUCUGAUAAAACUGAAAGUGUAAUAAAUAGUAUUUUGGAUGAAUUAGGUAUUCAAAUUAAAGAUAAGCUAAAUAAUCUUCCGGUAGUUUCUAACAAAGUUGAAGUAGAAAAAAAAAACAAAUUGAAUGAUAAAAGAACACCACCAAAUUUCCAUGACGAUCUUCAUACAAGACUUCAAAAUUUAAAACGUAAAUAA